AGUUCAUUUACUUCCGGGUUUGCAAAUUUGUUGUUUUCUAGCUGGAAAACAGUUUCAAAGUACCCAUAAGUGUGGGGAAUAAUGUUUUCUCGCUUUAGAAACGUUGUAGCUAACGUUAUGGGCGGGAUAGCAGCCGUUCCUCACCACACUGAGAUUGUGACAGACCCAGAAGGCAUGGAGUUGAAGUACAGAUACAACCGUCCAGAGUUCAUGCAGUUGACUGAUGAUGAAGUACAGGUUUCUGCUGAUCAUCAUACCAGGCCUGUGCUGGUACCAAGAGACAUGUCGAAACUCUUGUGGCAUUCAGGAUAUGCUGAAGUUAUAAAUGCUGGUAAAAGUUCGAAAAAUGAGGACCAAGCUGGUCACACCAUUCUUCAUAUCAAGAGAGACUGCUAUUCACCCACAACCAGUGACACAGCUUCCAUAUCAAGUCCAUUUGGUGCCGGUCCUCCCCCACUGCCAGGCAAACAAAGGCCAAUAGUUGGAGAGAAUUCCGAUGCUGUGAUUGAACACACCAAGCAGGUUAUUGAAGAAGAUGAGUCUAUUCAUGCGCCUUACUUUGCCAUAUUUGACGGACAUGCCGGAACCGGAGCUGCAUUAACAGCUGUCAAUCUCCUUCAUCGGCAUGUUGAGGAGAAACUUAGUGCUGUGAAACCACUGAUUAUGAAAAAGUAUUUGGGUCAACAGAUGAAUGGUUCCUAUGAUGAUUACAACAAAUUUGGACCAGCUUCCAAAGAAAUUACAAUAGAUAAUCUCGUUAUUGGUGCUUUAGAGACUGCCUUCCUUGACAUGGAUGCUCAAAUAGCCCGGGAAAGGACUACCUUCAAGAUACCUGGUGGGUGCACAGCUCUAGUGGCUCUCUUCUUCCUUGGCAAACUCUAUCUUGCGAAUGCUGGAGAUUCAAGAGCUGUGAUCUGUCGAGGGCAAGAAGUGAUAGAGAUGUCGCAUGACUUUACACCUAUCUCAGAACGGAAACGUCUGCAAUAUUUAGCCUACCUCCAGCCCGAACUCUUAGCUAAUGAAUUCACAUAUCUGGAAUUUCCACGCAGGGUGCACAAGCGAGAUGUUGGUAAACGUAUGCUCUAUAGAGAUGCGGAAAUGUCUGGCUGGGCAUACAAAACAAUAGCAGAGGAUGACUUGAAAUUCCCUCUCAUCUUUGGUGAAGGGAAACGCUCUACUUUUCAGUCGCGCGUUUUGGGGACGAUAGGUGUGACCCGAGGCUUAGGCGACCAUGAUUUACAAGUGUAUGACUCAAAGAUACAUGUCAAGCCAUUCCUUUCACCAAUACCUGAGGUUAAGGUGUUCGACCUGAUGACGCAAGACCUAACAAGCGAGGAUGUGAUAGUUAUGGCCUGUGAUGGACUCUGGGAUGUGAUAUCAAACCAAGAAUGUGCAGAUAUUGUCAACCGAGCAUUGUCACAGUCAAAGAGGGGAGAUUUGAGCCGGUAUACCUCUGUUGCUCAGGAAUUGGUCGUUAGUGCCCGUGGUAUGCCGAAAGCACGAAACUGGAUAAAAGGGGAAGGUCAAUUUGGGUCUGGGGACGAUAUCUCUGUAUUGGUUAUACCAUUACUAAAUUACAAACAAGGGGAACAGUCACGAGUAAAUGCUGUGACACCAUCCCAACCACAAAGUGACAUUUCUAAAACUGCAGCAACUGGCGUUUCUAAAGCUCCAGAAAGAACUGAUUCUUCUGAAGAUAUCUGGGUAAAAAAGAAUGUUGCGGGGCCAACAGCUGGAGACACUGCUGGAACAGUUCACAAUAGACCAGUUGAUGCCAGGGCUGGUGCUGUAGGGGUAGUAGACAUGACUCGUAAUGUAAAUGGAUCAAAAUUUUAUGCAACAAAACCGCUUUCGGAUGCAGGAGAGUUGAAAGACUCUGUAUCGUGAGACUGGAAAGUUACCUUAGAAGUGAAAGAUGACUGUUUUCAAUUUCAAUAGUGCCAUGUAAAAUGUUAAUGGUGUUUGGCUGUGGAGGCUGUGCAGAUGACAUCACAAAUAAAGUAUAGAUUUCAGAUUUAUGCCUUUCACCCACAAGAGAGGUAGUGCAGUGCGGAGACAUUGAUUGGAAACAUGAGGAGCAGCACUUGUCUUCCAGUUGUAAAGUAUUUCAGGGGAAUGACAUCCUUUAGGGGCAUUUUAAGCCUUUAUAUUGUGGAAUUGCCAUGCAUGUACGUGUAGUUGAGCACUUUGUUUAUGGACUUGGGGGAGGGGAGGGACAUGAAGUGCACUGCCUUCGAUAAUGAAUCUGAUGUGAUACCUGUACUCGGGAGUGAGAGAUUGAUUGAUAUUUUACCUUCAUUUGUAACCCAAGCGUUUUUAAAUAUUAAUAAAUUGAUUAUUUUGUGACAUACAUGUUUGUAGUGCAUGGGUGCUGGCUCUGGUUGGGAUUGUUACAGCCAAUUAUGUUUUAUUCUAUUGGUGCUACGCAUAAUAAUAUACAAAUAUGCACAUAUGUAUUCCUCCAAGGAUUUGAACAGAAAGUAGUUAUUUAGUUCAGAAAUUUCACAACUUUGGAAGAAAUUGUAUAUGGUGGAAUAAAUAUAUUUCAAGUUGGCAUAAUUGCAGAGAAUAGGUUGCUAUCAUUUGUAGGACAAGGUUGUCAAGUUUUAGGAAGAGAGUUUCUGUUGAGAUGAUAACAAGGACCGCAGAGACAAAUUACAUCUUUAUACAUCUUGUUAGAUCCAGGUGCGUCUGCACUGCCAAUAGAGACCCCUUUAUGACAGCAGUGAUAUCAAAUCGAAAGAAGAUUGUUUUCCAAAGUAUGAUUCUAAUAUAUUUGUACAUGAUUUCUUGGACAUGUAGUGUAUGAAGAAUAAAUUGUUAAGAGAAUUUAAA